AGGCCGGAAGUCGAUUGAUUUUGGCAUGAACGACAGGCCCAGCACAUGAUGGAACCCUUGAAGAGUCUUUCUUCUGCGAAUAUUAAAGAAAAAAUCGCUUUACUGAUAUUGAAUUGUCCCUUAGAAGUAUUGGAAAAGAAGCUUGAUGUGCUAUGGAGGAAUGCAGCUGUAAAGAUUGCUGUUGAUGGCUCUGCAAAUCAUUUGUAUUCGUUAAUCCAGCAAAAUCAGGAAUUCCUUCCUGAUUCGAUCACAGGGGAUUUUGAUUCUGCGAGAAAAGAAGUUCUUGAAUUCUUCAAGGAUAAAGGAGUUGAGAUUAUCCACACGCCUGAUCAGGAUCAUACGGACUUUACCAAGGGUUUAAAAUACUUAACAUCUAAGCCUAAUGCAGAAUAUGAUGUCAUUGUGGUGCUUGGAGGAGUGAUGGAAUCUCGGAUGGAUCACACAUUUGCUAAUUUUCAUACAUUGUAUUUAGCUGCGGAAAUGACGGAUAAGAAUGUGUUUUUAAUUAUUGAUGACUCGAUUAAUAUCCUUCUUCAACCAGGCAAGCAUACAAUUCGCGUGGAUUCUGGUCUUGAGGGUGACUGGUGUGGAACCAUUCCACUGGGUCAACCAUGCAAAUCCAUUACUACUACAGGCUUGAAGUGGAACCUAGAUCAUGAGAGUCUAAGUUUCUCAUCCAUGAUCAGCACCUCCAAUACCUGGGCUGAAGGAAGCACUGCAGUGACGAUUGACACCAGUGAUCCAGUGCUGUGGUCAAUGGGGAUAAAAAUGCCGAAAGUUGGCAAUGGUGAAGAUGGAAAAUGACUUUUUCCUGUCCUGGCAAAGCAAUUUACAAUUGGCCUUCACUGGAAAACAUGAACAUUUGGCCCAAAAUUGUGGCUAACCUUGAACGAUAGAGAACUUGAAACUGGAAUAUUUUGCAAUUGCUGCAGUACAGACUCAUUAUUUGUUUGUUAUGAGUAGCAAGUUUUAUURCAGUUUUUUAUCAUGCUGAUAAUUUAUAUUUUGCUGAGCAAAAAAUAUUGCCUUUUAUGAUAGUGAACAGAGCUUGUGUGUGCUGACCCUAUCUACACAGCCUGCUUUAAAAGGAACUGUAAGACUGUCAACACUACUGUAAACUAUCACAGAUUUUAAAAACAAAUAAGACCCCUUCUUUUUUCUUAAAAAAAAAAGCUGUUUUAAUUUAUAUAUUGCUUAGCUAGAAACAAGACAUUGAUGAGGAGUAGGAAUACUUGCUCUGUUCCUUGAGAAUCUGG